CUACGGCGUCUUCUCCUGGCCUGUCGGCACGACGAGAGUUACUUGACGACAAGACGUUAUGAACAUGAUGACAGUGGAGAAGAUGGAGCAAAGGAUGUCUCAUCCUUUCAGGUUUCUUGAAUGUCUCGUCCGAGCACACUGAACGCGCACUGCCAUUGCUGGGAAUUCAGGACCAUGGACAGAGAUCACCUUAUCUCAUUCUGCUGUCAGCACGGUGCAAACAUCCAACACCAUAAUUUAUGCCAUAAAACAUUCCGAAACUGAUUGAAUUUCCUUUAAAAUGUUUAUUAUAUAAUUUCCAAAUGCGGUCUGAAAGCUUAUAACUGAAGUAGCAUUAAUAAGAUGUAUUCUAAGGGGAAACACCAGUUCCUAACGAGAAAGGGAGCCUCCGUAUGUUACUUUGGUAAGAAUGAGGGUCUACCUCAUAUUUUCAACCCCAUGGUCCACCAUAAUCCUAUCACACUCCAUGACACAUCACUUGAGGCGUACAGGUACAAUAUUAACCUGCAUUUCUUUAUGGGUUGCGCAGCGCUCCUGCCAUCGUUAGACAUGUCUAUCCUGGUUCGUUAAACACGCAAACCACAGCUUUUAGAUGUAGCCUAUUAUUGAGCUGAUAUAUGCGGCAUGACGCGUCGUGGUAGUGUUUCGUGACAUUUCGUUUUUAAAUGCAUGUCAUUAAAAUUACUACACAAGGAUACAACUCGGUGUUCCUGUCGCGGACAGAAGUGUAGGAGAAUAUUGAAAGACGUCGUGUUUUACUGUAACGCAGCCGUAGAUUGAGGUGCAUAAUGAACCAGUGACAUCCAAAGGAUUUACGAUACCUCCGCCACAGCUCGCGAAAGGGACGCAUGCGCAUUGACAAAAAACAGCCGGUCUUUAAAACAAUCCUUAUGCCAGCGGAUGUAAUCACGGCAAAGAAUAUCUCUUAUCUCUGGGCAUACAUGGUGAAAUUGUAAGUAUGGAAGAGCAUAUCGGGCUUUUCUGUCUAACAUUCUCAGUACAAACGUAUGCCAACCACUGCGCGAGAUCAUAGACAAAACACUCACACUAGAGAUGCGUGCUGCGCCCCCUCUUACCCUCACCAAAUAUUCAAACAUCAUCCUCCGAGGAAUUUGUCAUGAUUCCUUGAACAUAGCAAGAUUCAGUGUGCCCAUGGGAUCAGAGCGGAUGGAGAUGCGAAAGAGGCAGAUGUCGGUGCAGCAGGAGUCGGUGGCGGGGACCACAGCACCGGUGCAGAACGAGCAUCCCGACCAGGGGAACCGCAGUUCUAAUGCCUGCUGCUUCUGUUGGUGCUGUUGCUGCAGCUGCACUUGUCUCACUGUUAGGAAUGAAGACAGAGAAGAGAGGAACCGGAGAGCAUCGUAUGAUCCUAAAGCAGAGGGGAAUGCAGACUUUGAGGAGAGUCCGAAACCCACUGUGGAGGAGGUGCGCUCAUGGGGGCAAUCCUUCGACAAACUGAUGCACUGCCCUGCUGGAAGAGCUGCUUUCCGGCAGUUUCUGCGCACUGAGUUCAGUGAGGAAAACAUGCUGUUUUGGUUGGUUUGCGAGGAAUUCCGUAAGGAAACCAACAAGAGCAUGAUCGAGGAGAAAGCACGGGUUAUAUACGAAGACUACAUCUCCAUUCUCUCGCCCAAAGAGGUGAGUCUUGACUCUAGAGUUCGGGAGGUUAUAAAUAGGAAUAUGCUGGAGCCGACAUCUCACACGUUUGAUGAUGCCCAGCUUCAGAUAUAUACGCUAAUGCAAAGAGACUCAUAUCCUCGAUUCAUGAACACCGAAGUCUACAAAGACCUGCUUAAGACAGUGUCCGAGCAGCCGGCGGAAUCCUAGACACCUGUGAUCCUGGCUGAAUGCCCCCCUUCCUAAUUUUUAGUUCGUUCGUUGUGUAGAAUAUGUUUUAAAGGACCCCGGUAUGGGUCUUCCCAGGGAUUUUACUGCUAUAGCGAUCUGUACCUGAAAAAAGACACUCAGGUCUCCAGGUCACUGGAUUUUUUAAAAUAUGUCUCAAAUCUCCUGAGGGCUCAACACCACAAAUACUGCUACAGAUCAGCAUAGCAAGACGCUCCAAAGGAUUAUCAGCGCGUUUUGAGAACAUAAUCUAUUUUAUUUGUGUUGACAGUUUUUAUUACGGUUUAUUAUUAUCAUUUUUUUGUAGUUAUGUUUAAAGGAAGAUGUGAUGCCAAUUGUGGGCUAUAUACAGUAUAUCCAGUAGAUAUAUUUAUGAAACUGUAUUAGAUUUCUUCAAUCUUUUUUUUUCUCCGUGUAACGAUAAAGAAAAGGGAAUUAUGGGUAACAAGUAUUGCCCGAUUCUGAAUAGUGCGUAUGAGAAUCAAAGCUUGAGUCAAGGCAACGCUUCAGCUCUACACACAGGACACCCUGUGAACAUACGGUAUUGUUUCAGCUACUUCACCAGCUAACUUAUGAUGACUUGGCAUCUCCAAUGGGAAAUUUCAAUCUGCCAUACAAAGAAAUCAAAUAAACUUUUCUCGUUUUUUCAAAUUUUCAGAAAAUCAGAAAAUUGUGUAUCUUUUUGUGCUCCAUAAAGUAUCAAUAAUAUGUUUACGGAAACAUUUUUUUUGUACCACAGCGGUUGGACAUGACAAUUAAAUCUUGCAUGUAUUCAACCCAAAGAUGCUAAAAAGACUGAAAAGCCUCUUUUUUGUGUACAGUAUAUUGAGGUAGUUAUACUUUUACGAUUUACCUUCAAUGUUUUUGUGAGGAAUAGAACAGAACCAGCAGGUUAUUAUAUGAAACACUAUUAAAUGUGUUAAAUCUAAACACCUUCACAUUUAUACAUGUAUAUUAUGCCCUGAAUGGACAGAUACAUGUUUUAUUGUUAGAACCCUAACACCAAAGUAGCCAAGUCCAGUAAAACUGUGUGAUUCGCUUUUUCUCCAAUACAACUGACUAGAAUUGGAGCUGCCAAGUUCUUAUAUUUUUACUUUUGUGAAUUACUCUGUUGCCUGACGUUCACGUCGUUUUAAGACAAGAUCCUCACUUGGGGAAGUGCCUUGACAUUCAGUUUUGUGACAGCUCUUUUUCUGGCAAUAGUUGAUUUAGACUCUUGCCACAUAUAUGGACUCUGGGCCUUUGAUAAAUUCACGAGAUGACAUGUCCUGCGACUUCUGAAUUACUAUUGCCUCUUGUUUUGAAGCGUCACCGUCACUUUUCAAGCGCUGAAGUCGCCGCAGUUAAGGAAGUCUGUCUUUUUGUCAGGUAGAAAUAAGGACAGUUUCAUUGAGAUUGUUGAUCAGAGUCCAGACGUGUAUCUACCAACAUGUAUUUCAUGGUGGUGCUUCUACUCGUCUUAGACUAACUUAUUAUAUGUGCAAUUGAUAUGUGCAAUUUGAGCUGAUGGAUUCACCGCAUAGAUCAACCUCAAACACAAUCUAAGCCAAUGGUUUGGAGUUCUACUGCCUAUAAAUCAUUUUUUCUUUCUUUUUUGUUGUUGUUCUGUAAAGUAUACAAAAAGUGUUAUUUUCCAGUCAGUUUACAUACAAAUUAUAAUACAUUUUUGAUUAAUAAUAUGUGAAUGUUUACAGUGAUCAGAUUAGUUUUUCC